CCUGUAUUCAAGAGUCAUUUGACGUCUUAAAUGGGCAUCCGUUCAAGGUCUUCCACCUCCCAUGUGGAUGCCACGCCACCUCCUCGCCCGCAGUGCAGGGUGGCUUGAGAUUCGACGCUUGAUACAUCUCUGCGGCACAGGCAAAGGGCACGGGGUUAAAAUUAUACCCCAGUAUUAUACUGAUUCCGACCCAAUACGCGCCCAAACACAGAUCAAUGCGAAUACCGCUGGAUCCUGUCAAGAAUCGCCUUGUUUCGUUAUGACUGCUCGUAAUUUCCAAGCGAAAUGAUUUCGAAACAUUCCACGGUCGAAACUUCCUGACGCGUGCCCGAGAAAUAAAGUAAUACGAACAAUGAAAUACCGGUCCUGGCGGUGGCGCAUUGCCUUUUGCUUCCCAAGCUCUUCCACCUCUCGCCUACAGUCCAGCGAUGAGCUCCUCAGUAGAGGUUCCUACUCUACACACCACGAUGGGCGCAUUGAUGAUUGGUACCAUCUUGGCUGCAGUGCUAUGGGGCGUAUCUUGCAUGCAGACAUACGAGUACUUCAGUAUGUAUAGGAAGACGGAUGACCCGAGGCUGAAAGUCAUGGUUGUGGUGGUCUUUCUUCUUGACACCGUGCAGCAAGUAUUUGUUACACAUACUCUAUAUGAGUACCUAGUCGUUCAUUACUAUGACCCCGCCAACCUCGGAGUUGUUGAGUGGAGUCUGUUGGCUCAGGUUGCCCCAUCAGGCCUCAUUGCGCUACUAGUCCAAUCGUUUUUCACAUAUCGAGUAUUUAUCUUGAGCCGCAAGAAUAUACCAAUAACGUUAUUCCUUGGGUCACUUGUUUUCGCAGAAUUUGGAGUUACUAUCGCAUACUUCGUUCGAGGGUGGUCUGUCAAACUCGUGGCAGAAAUUCCGUCUAAACUUACCAACCUGUCACGAUCAAUGAAUGCUGUCGGCGCUGCGGGCGAUAUAUGUAUCACCAUAUCACUCAUUUCUUUACUUCAGCGGUCCAAGUCCGGAUUCAGAAGAACCGACGCGAUGAUGAACCAGCUUAUUCUUUUUUCUCUCAAUAGUGGCUUACUUACUAGCAUUUGUGCAAUAACGUCGCUGAUAUUGGUCUUGGUGUGCCCGGACACAUUCCUAUAUAUAACUUUCUAUAUUCUUUUGGGCCGUUUGUAUACGAACUCACUUCUGGCAACCCUCAAUGCGCGAUUCAAGAUACGAGGGCAGCAGGAAGGUGAAUCCUUCAUGGCAGCUGUGAGUAUGGAUGCGACGUCUGUAGAACGGCGGACUCUUCCUGGCCUCACUUCCAGUGCGAAUAGUUCGAAACCACAACAUAUUGUUAUCAAGCGGGAAACCGAGAUUGAAGUUUUGGCAGAUUAUGAACUUGGUGUUAAAUCAUCGCCAUCAUGAUGAGGCUGCUAGCACUGCGAGUUUCGAUGCCAAGUGACCCAUAUCUCAUGGACAUAAAGUAUCCCACCGUGACCGAGCCUCUCUAACACCGUGGCGGAUAAACCACAUGUAUUUUCUCCAACC